AUAUAGUGAUCAAACUAUCAGCUAUAUGUCCAAUUCCGCAACGCCUGCAGUUGAUACCUCUGACAGUCACGAGAUGACAAUAGAAUGGGAGACAACGACUGUCGGCGAAACAAGAACGAAAGAGGAAAUGUCAAAUAAUAUUGGUGAUGUUUCUACAGAAACCACUCUUGAUACAAUUACAGAUACUACAAGGGUAGAUAACUCCGUAUCAACAUUCACCCCGUCGACCGUUGAAUCUGCCACUUUGACAGUACCACAUAUAUGUACUGGUCACAUAGGAGUAUCGGAGGAGAACGUUGGAAAAUCUCUGCUGAGCGUCCGAUUCGCUGGCGGCGAGAAAGCUGUGUCCGUGGUCGCAAUUGAAAAGGAGUUGGUGGAAUUGUUGGUCAGUGCCGGAUACAUGGUGGACUCAAAGGAGGUCAAGGCAAUCCAAACAAGUUUUGACGGAUUAACGAUCGUGAACAUUACCAUAGACGGCGCAGACCUGGCUCUGAGCGCCACGGCGCUGGCUGAUGUGGGAGACAGGCUCUGUAAAGAGGCAUCCAUGUUUCUCGUACAGCCUCCCUCCCCCGCCCGUACUGAGGACACGGACGACGGCAGUGGUGUGAUAGCAGGAAUAGUGGUACUGGUCGCCUACCUUACAACGCUGUUUAUAAUAGCCGUCAUCUUGGUUAGAAGAAAAUACCGCGAAAGGCACAGGGUAUCGAGUAGACCUAUGUCGGAAGUCUCCAAGGUGACGAAAACCGCGGAGCAAUUGUUGGACCGACCGGAAACAGGCAUGACGGGACUCUCAUCGGAAUAUGAAGAAUCGAAUUGCUGAACUAAAUCCGUUCUAUCUACGUGAUAAAUGUCAAGAAUGUGUGUAGGAAAACAAGUUGUUCCAUUAAAACACAUUGCUAAUGAUAAGGCGUCCUGGGGUUUUCUCUCAAUAAUCUAUGG